AUGGGCCUGUUUGGACCAAAGUUGCAGCCACCCACGGUUGGUCCGACGCAUCUCAGCGGCAGGGUGUGCGUGGUGACUGGAUCCAAUGGCGGCAUCGGGAAGGAGAUUGCAGCAGGUCUGGUAGGUGAGGGGGCAGAGGUGGUGCUAGCAUGUCGUUCGAUGGAGAAGUGCGAGCGCGCCAAGGCGGAGAUCGAGUCGCGGGGGCUCAGUGGUACGUGUCGCUGUUCGCAGCUGGACGUCGACGACCCGAAGUCCAUCAGGGAGUUCGUGCGACGGGAAAAAAGGGAGUUGCAAGGCCGGCCGCUCUCGAUCCUCGUGAACAACGCGGGCGUGAUGGGGUCGUUCUCGGCGCGCGACGUCUGGCCGGGCCUGACGUCAGGUCCCACAAUGACCCCCCCGGAGGUGUGGCAUCCGUCGCGCGACCCCCACGUGGGCCCGAACCACCUCGGCCCGUUCCUCCUCACGCUCCUCCUGCUCCCCUCCAUGCGCCCGGGCUCCCGCGUCGUCACCGUCGCCUCCGAGGCGCACCGCCGCGCCCCUCCCCUCGGGCUAUCACAAGACACCCCCGGAGCCAUCCUCGACAACCCCUCGGGCUGGUACAAGCAGUACGCGCGGUCCAAGCUGCUCAACGUCAUGAUGACGGGCGAGGUCCAGCGCCGCGCGUACGCCGACGGGAGGGGGGUGUCUGCCACGUCAGUCAGUCCCGGCCGCGUGGCGUCCAACAUCUUCGACUCUGUGCCGGGCGCGCUGCGGCCGGCGCUGCGGUGGCUGUCGCAGGCGGCGUUCCGCACGCCCACGGAGGGCGCCGCGACCGCGCUCAAGGCCUGCCUCGACCCGCAACUCGGGUGGCCACACUCCCCCGGGGCCCUGUACAUGCACGACCUGGAGGUUGUCGAGGCGUCGGAGCAGGCGCGCGACGUUGCGCUCCAGCGGCGCCUCUGGGACGUGAGCGAGUUCUACGUGGGGGAGUCUCUGGGGGAGUUGCCGCGCCCUGACACGGUGCCUGCCCCCCAGAGGGAACCUGUGUCCGCGCAGGCGCCGCGGAGCUCUCGCUGA